AUGGGGGCUCAGAAGAUUCGGGAAUACGCGGACCCCGAGGCAGUGGAGGAGGAGACUUGGAAGGAGCCGUCAGGGCUGAAGACCAUCGCUCCCGCGCCCAGCCUGCUCCCGGGGCUGGGCAGACCCAGGGGCCUGGCUCCCUUCACCCCCUUGGGCCACGAGAGCUACGUGACCUUCUGCCACCUGGAGGACGAGGCCGCCUUCACGUGCAGCGCUGACUGUACCAUCCGGAAGUGGGACGUGCGGACCGGCCAGUGCCUGCAGGUGUUCCGGGGACACACGUCCAUCGUGAACAGGAUCCUGGUGGCCGACAACCAGCUGUUCAGCGGCUCCUACGACCGGACAGCUCGAGCCUGGAGCGUGGACAAGGGGCAGGUGUCCCAGGAGUUCCGGGGCCACCGCAACUGCGUGCUGACCCUCGCCUACUCCGCCCCCUGGGACCUGCCCGGGGCCCCCUGCGCCGAGGAGGCCGGGGGGCUGCUGGUGACGGGCAGCACGGACGGCACGGCCAGGGUGUGGCAGGUGGCCGGCGGCGGCUGCUGGCAGACGCUGCGGGGCCACACAGGCGCCGUGCUCUGCCUUGUGCUGGACACGCCCAGUCACACGGCCUUCACCGGCAGCACCGACGCCACCAUCCGCGCCUGGGACAUCCUGAGCGGGGAACAGCUGCGGGUGUUCAGGGAGCACCAGGGCCCCGUCAUCUGUCUGGAGCUUGUGAACCGGCACGUGUACUCGGGCAGCGCGGACAGGACGGUCAAGUGCUGGCUGGCAGACACGGGGGAGCGCGUGCGCACGUUUGCAGCCCACGGACACAGCGUGAGCGCCCUCAAAUACCACGCGGGCACCUGUAAGUGA